CAGACAGAUUCAGCCAUGAUCCUGACGGGCCGCAGUUUGUGUCUUCCUUCUCGAGCCACGGUCCAGGAGCUCUUCUCGGUGGCUCGAGAUGCCAGCAUCAUCCCUGAUAUCUCCGUGGAUCCUGUCCUUACCACCUUCCUGUCGCUGGACUCGUCAGCAGCGUUGCAGCAUCAGUACGACUUCUUACAGCGGAGCAUGAGCCUGGAGCAGCAGAGCACGUUCAACCUCAACCUGACGGCACAGCUGGGAGGCAGCAGGGUAAUCUGUGGAGGAGUGGGGGUUGUUGCUCUGGCUCUGUCCAUGCUUUUUGAUCAGGUUGCCCAACAGGUCCGAGCACAAGGAUCAACAGAGGGUCCCUCGUUAACUCAACCAUCCCGGCCUAAGAGGAUUUUUGGCAUCAGCAGCUCAUCAAGAAUCGGCUGGAUUAUCCACAGCUUCCUCAGCCUUAUCCCAGGCAUCGCCAACAACCAGGAUCAGAUGGCUGAGACCACAGAGCUCUACGAUAACUGGCUGAAAUUUGAGCUUCUCGACCAUUAUGAGAGGAUGACCACAAAGAAAAGAAUGAGUUCAGUGUCGAUGCAGCAGUGGCUGACAGGAGCUGCAAUUCACCUGCACAUGAGAAUCCACCAGGCCCGUCUGCAGUCUGUGCCAUCAGGAUCAGUUGAAUCAAUGCGCAUUUCUUAUAAGAUGGGGUUAGGUCACCUGGUUCGGGGCUAUACAGCCUACCUACGUGCAAACAUCCAGGAGACUCCAGCUCUUGGUCCACAAAAACCAAGAACCAGUGCUGCCAACAGACCUAAACAUGCUAACACAUCUACUGUAACCAAUAUGACAUGCUCUAACAGCCUCCUUGUUAAUGGUAGCCAGGUUGGUCCAAGUAAUAAAUCUACCACACCCAGUUCAACUGCAGGAAUUAACAGAGGCUGUAAAACUGAUGAAUCAGGUGGAGACUUUGGAUUUAAUGUCCUAAAUGGAAGCAAUGACACCAUGAUGACAGGAGACACCCUCAACACUUCAUCCAGAUACAGCAGGAAGGAGGAAGGCAGCAUGCUUGGACUGUUAGUUAUCGAGCCCUCGAGAAACAUAAGUCACAGUGUGCAGCAUCACCCCUGUGAGUCUCCAGCCAUACAAGAAGCUCUGGUGACUCGAAUAAUCAACGUGCAGGACCUGGACAGGAACAGAAAUUUUUUCCUGUAUCAUGACAGAGUUUUUCAGAGCCUGCUAAGGCAGAGGGACGACUUCCAACUGAGGACAAAUUAGACAAAAACAAAUAUCUGAUUAGUCAGCCACAAAAACUAACACAAGGUUGUUACAGCCAGUAAGGCAUAAUUUUCUUUCCUAUUUUCUACCAGUCUAUUAAACUGGGUCAGUUACCACAUAUAUAAAUAUAAGACCCUUUCAAUACAAAUUUCACAUGACCAGAAUGAACUUUUUCAGAUAAUUUAGGAAACAAAUGAAAGUGUUUUCUUUGAACUGUCAUCAUUUCCUAAAUGCCAAAUGUCAUCUCAAAUCAUCACAUCAUGGGCUUUUGGCUUAAACAUCUCAAAUUUGCUAAAAGUUUCAUUGUCCAAAAUAUGGACAUACAUAAAGACUGCUGUAAAGAUUAUAUAUAUAUAUAUAUUUAAAGUGUGUGCGGGUUUUUUGACUAUCUUAAAUUUGAACACACCCCAAUAAAAAACCUCACAUUUGCAAAACA